AUGACCCCCUCCUCCGCAACUAAGAGUGCCCUUAUCAUGGACACAAUAAUAUUUUUCCCUCAGCCGCCUUCCUUCUACUAUUCCUUCCACCAUCAUCAUCGCCACAAACACCAUCACAAGAGUAGAGGCUACAACAUUUCCCCACAUUUUCCUGAUGCUAAUUUGUUUUCAAGCUCAACUCAAAAAGAUACUACGGGAGUUACGGCCUUAGCCAAAAGAAGGAUUCCACUACUACUUGUUAGUGCAGCAGGAGAUAAAUUUUGUGGUAAUCUAGCAGAAAUGUUGAAAAUGAACCAAUCUAUUCUAUUAUUCAUUUCAACAUUGUCACUUGAAUGUUUCUUUGUUUAUUGUUCCCCUGAUUGUGCAAUAAAUCCUAAAAAUCCAUACAAAGUUGCAUUCACCAUCGUUGUUGAUCAGUUUGGCCAUGGAAAUUUCACUACAGUUCAAAAAGCUAUAGACUUCAUUCCUAGUAACAACCAUCGGUGGAUUCGAGUUCAAAUUUCUCCUGGAAAAUAUAUGGAGCAAGUCAUAAUCCCAUAUGACAAACCGUGCAUUUUUCUUGAAGGAUCCAGAGGAAAAAAUCAUACAAUUAUUGAAUCCAGCGGACCAGAAAUGAUGAACAAUUCUGGCACCAUCACUUCAUACCCAGAUAAUAUUCUAGCGAAAGGCAUUACAUUCAAAAAUACACAUAAUAUACCACCAAUUUUUGAGGAUCCGCCGGUAAUGCAAGCAUUGGCAGCAGAAAUUCAUGGAGAUAAAAGUGUGUUCUAUGAAUGUUCAUUUUAUGGACUACAAGACACAUUGUGGGAUACAACAGGUCGCCAUUACUUCCAUAAAUGCUAUAUUGAAGGUGGCAUUGACUUCAUUUUUGGCUAUGCCCAGUCUAUUUACGAGGAUUGUACAAUCAGUGUAAAUAUGGGAGUAUAUGAACCACAACUAACUGGUUAUAUAACUGCGAAUGGGAGAGGAUCAGCAAGAGACCCAAGUGGAUUUGUGUUCAAAUCGUGUAGAAUUGGUGGGAGUGGCAAAGCUUAUCUUGGGAGAGCUUGGGCUGCUUAUUCAAGAGUAAUUAUUGCCAAUUCGGUUCUAUCAGAUGUGGUUGUCCCUCUAGGUUGGGAUUCUUGGAAUUAUGGCAAGGAAGUGAAUAUUGAGUAUGUGGAGUAUAAUAAUAGUGGAGCAGGAGCAGGAACUUCUCAUCGAGUGCCAUGGAUGAAGAAACUUAGUGGGCCUGCGUUGAGAAAGUUUACAGAUAUUUCAUACGUUGAUCCAGAAGGCUGGAUGAAGAAGUUACCAAAUUAUUUCUAA